AUGUCAGACAAGUACGAUAAACUACCAUUAGACCCCCUUUUCAAAACCAUUGAUGAAUUGAAACCACAAUUCAUUGAACGGUUAUCCAAAGCCAUCUCCAUCCCAUCAGUUUCAUCUGAUGAACUGCUUAGACCAAAAGUUGUCGAAAUGUCGAAAUUUCUUGUUGAUGAAUUGACUCAAUUGGGGUUCCAAGAUAUUCAAGUUAAAGAAUUGGGUACGCAACCUCCACCAGUACAAGAUGCUAAUUUACAGUUGCCACCUAUUGUAUUGGGUAGAUUUGGAUCUGAUCCUAAAAAAAAGACAGUAUUGGUUUAUGGACAUUAUGAUGUUCAGCCAGCUUUGAAAGAGGAUGGAUGGGGUACUGAACCUUUUACUAUGCAUUACGAUAAGACCAAGGAUAUUUUGUAUGGUAGAGGAUCAACUGAUGACAAGGGACCUGUUAUGGGAUGGUUGAAUGUUAUUGAAGCUCACAAUAAAUUGGGUUGGGAGUUGCCAGUUAAUUUAGUUGUUUGUUUUGAAGGUAUGGAAGAAAGUGGGUCUUUAGGGUUGGAUGAAUUGGUUGCCAAAGAAGCCAAACAAUAUUUCAAAAAUGUUGAUCAAGUUACCAUUUCUGAUAAUUAUUGGUUGGGUACAACUAAACCGGUCUUGACUUAUGGGUUAAGAGGAUGUAAUUAUUAUCAAAUUAUUGUCAAGGGGCCCGGUGCUGAUUUACAUAGUGGUAUUUUUGGUGGUAUCAUUGCUGAACCAAUGACUGAUUUGAUUAAAAUUAUGUCUACUUUGGUUGAUGGAAAUGGUAAGAUUUUGAUUCCAGGAGUUGAUGAUAUGGUGGCUCCAUUAACUGAAAAAGAAGAUGGAUUGUACGACAGCAUUGAUUUUUCAGUUGAAGAAUUGAAUGCUGCUGCUGGAUCAAAUACUGCUUUGCAUCAAAACAAGAAGGAUAUUUUAAAGCAUAGAUGGAGAUACCCAUCAUUAUCGUUACAUGGUAUUGAGGGUGCAUUUUCUGGUGCUGGUGCCAAGACAGUUAUUCCAUCUAAAGUUGUUGGUAAAUUUUCCAUUAGAACUGUUCCAGAUAUUGAAUCGAAGAAAUUGGAUGAAUUGGUAUUUAAACAUAUCAAUCAGGAAUUUGCUAAAUUGAAGUCCCCUAACGAAUUCAAAGUCGAAUUAAUUCAUGAUGGUAAUUACUGGGUUUCUGAUCCAUUCAAUGAAAGUUUCCAAGCAGCAGCUAAAGCUACUCAGGAUGUGUGGGGUAUUGUACCAGAUUUUACUAGAGAAGGUGGAUCAAUUCCAAUUACAUUGACAUUUGAAAAAGAAUUGGGGGUUGAUGUGUUGUUGUUGCCAAUGGGUAGAGGUGAUGAUGGUGCUCAUUCGAUUAAUGAGAAAUUGGAUGUUAGUAACUAUAUUAAUGGAUGUAAGACUUUGGGUGGAUACUUGCAUUAUUAUGCUAAAGCUUAG